GCGGUGAAAAGGCAAAAUAUGGCGAAAUCGAAAAUCCUAAAGUGCGCGAAAGCCUGUCAGUGAUUGUUGUUUACAUGUUCAUAAUAAAUGCCACGUUGCGAUCAUCAUUGUGUUUUGAGUCAAGUCAAAUGAAUUGGUUGUCGGGUAGAAUAAAUAAAUUUGAUAAAAUAGUGACCUUUGCUUCUUAAUUUAUUAAUCUUUGUGUUAUUAUAAAAGCGGCGCGCGAUGCAACUUGGGAUAGCAAUGGUGGGCGCGUGAUUUUGAACAAAUUCGUGUUAUUAGUGAUAAACAGUGGAGGAAGUUCUUCUGUGGAAUAAUUCACAAUGGCUACAAAUAAAGGGCAAACUGUUCGAGCCCUUGUUGAAUCUGUGGCUUUGGAUUCACGUACUCUUAAUGAUCAGGAUUUGAGUGCAUUGAGUCUUUCACAUAAUGAACAAUAUUCGUCAACUAAUUUUGAGGCCUAUACAAGUAUUUCUGGUGAUUUAGAAUGUAUGAACGCUGAGGAAGUUAUGACAACUGAUGAAGAACAUGUUGUUAUUGAACAAGAAUCAGAAACCGAGGGAGAGAGUGUUCUUCCCGAUAUUGAAAUGACGGAUGUUUCCGAUAAUGUUCAAAAUGAACAAAUUAUAUAUACAACGGCAAAUCAACAUAAUCAGAAUUUAAUUUUUCAAACAAAACCCACAUUACAAAGAGUUCCUGUUUCAACGAUUCAGAUGAAACAACAUGUUGGACAACCGUCACAGAGUCAAUCAUUUAUGAUUGUUUCACCUGCUGGUGGACAAGGAAAUAGUCAAAUUUUGAAAAUUUCCCAUCCCUCCGGUACAUCGCCAGGACAAUUACAAAGUUUGGCACAAACUUUAAUAACAGCAAAAUCAGCCGAUGGAAAUAUUGUUCAAUUACGUUCAGCACAGCCAAAUAAACCAAUUAUAACGACAACACAAUCUGGCACUAUAACAUUGGGAAAUGUUCAAGGAGUUAAAACAAUUCAAUCAUCUUCUAUUAAAAGACCCGUUCAAAGUGGACAACAAAAUCGAAAUGUUUAUACAAAAAUGAUACUCUCUGGUAAUCAAUCACAAACGGGACAAGUUCUUUUUGCCUCAUCACAAGGUGAAAGUCAACAAGCGAUAAAAAUUAUAAGUAAUAAUUCAUCGCAAAAUAUAUCGAAUCCGACGAAAACAAUAACUUUCGCUCAAGCACAACAAAUGGGUCUAUUAGGUCCAAGUAAAGUUCAACAUAUUUUACCUUCUUCACCAUCUCAGAAACAGGGAAUUAUUGUUAAUAAAUUAAUGCCAUCGACGGGUUCGGCUUCAAAAAUGACUAUUGUUUCAAAUUCAAUAAAAUCGCCGGCUAAAAUUUUACCAGCGCCGACAAUGCAGACAAAAACAAUUUCAUCGUCACCAACAUUGGUUAGUAAAGGAAAUAUGCAACAUCAAACUGCUCAAAAAGUUAUAAUUAGACAGAGUUCCUUGAAACCAGGAACAGUACUUGGAGGUGGACAAGUGAUUCGAAUUCCUGCUAAUCAAAAUAUCGUAACAUCAAAUCAAGUGCACCAAAUUCAAAUGCCCGGACGUCAGGUGCAAUAUGUUAGAUUAGUGAGUACACCAGCAACUGGAACAAGUAAUGUUGUCACUGUUGGUAAAGCAAAACCCCAAGCGACACUACAAACAGUUGGUGUUCAUCAAAAAAUUGGACCUCAACAGCAAAUUGUUAAAGCAAUUAGAAGUGUCACGCCAAAAGGUGGAACAGGACAAAGAUUGUUGAUUCCCGCUUCAGUUGGUGGUCAGGGAAAAAGUGCGGUCGCCAUUCCAGCAUCAGCUCUUAGUCAAUUGGCCUCGGGUCAAGCCGUUAUUUCUGGAGGUUCAAACGUUGGGAAUAUUGUCGUUCUCCCUGCUCAAUAUCUUCAACAGAAGGAUGAAUUGAAAAUGAAAACACUUCAUCAAUCAACAUCGAGUUUAUUAAAUAGUUCGCAAAGUUCAAUUGGUUCAUCUGGAAAUAUAUCAAUUGCUUCAUACAAUGAGAGUAAAAUGUCACAAAGAUCUGUGGCGAAUAGCGAACCAAAUGGAAUUCGUCCACGAAAGCCUUGCAAUUGCACCAAAUCACAAUGUCUUAAAUUAUAUUGCGAUUGUUUUGCGAAUGGAGAAUUUUGUCAUAUGUGCAAUUGUAAUAAUUGUUCGAAUAAUUUAGGCAAUGAGGAAGAAAGACAGAGAGCUAUUAAAUCAUGUUUAGAACGCAAUCCAAAUGCAUUCCGACCGAAAAUUGGAAAAGGGCGCGAUAUCGGUGAAGAUAUUGUCAGAAGACACACCAAAGGUUGUAAUUGUAAACGAAGUGGUUGCUUGAAAAAUUACUGUGAAUGCUACGAGGCGAAAAUCCCAUGUUCUGGAAAUUGUAAGUGUAUAGGUUGUCGAAAUGUCGAAGAGACACUUUUAACGAAAAAAUCAUUGAAAGAUUUAGCUGACGCUGCUGAAGUUAGAACGGCACAACUCACAUUAAAUAAAGCUAAAAUGCAACAAUAUUUAGAUUCCACGGCUUUUAGACCGGCAGCAACUUCAAAUACUGGAGCAAGACAACCAUUCAAUUUCCUAACUGAUAAAGUUGUUGAAAUAACAUGUCAAUGUUUAAUGGCACAAGCAGACGAUGCCGAACGAAAUAUGUUGGACGAGGAAACAUCGCAAAAAUUAAUAAUCGAAGAAUUUGGACGAUGCUUGAAAGAAAUAAUAGAAUCUGCCCAUAAAGCAGAAAAUAUCUAGCAGGGAUAUUUCAUCAGAAAACGAAAUUUCCACAAUUAUUUCAAUUUUAUCCUUGCGCAUUAAAAAAAGCAAUCGAUGGAUUAAAAGAAAAGAAAAUGACUGAAAUUUAAGAAUACCAAAGACAUGGUAUGGACAAAAAUAAAGUAAAACUGAAAUCAGUUUUUAUUUCGAAAAGAGCAUCGAUUUACAAACAAACAAAAAAUGCACGAGAAUAGGUAAAAGAAUUUUUAACACUUUUUUUUUAAUCAACUCGUUUAAUCAUAUAUAAUAUAUUGAUAUUGUGAGUAAUUGAUCUUGACAAUUUAAUUGAAUUGAAAUUUUCAUCGGCAAGAAAAAAAAGAGGAAAAAUUGUGAAAUUUAAUUUGUAUAUAAAUUAUAGAGAAAUGUAAGAUCAAGAUAAAAAUGAUUAGCAUAAUAAUAACAUUAAAAAAAAUUUUGUACGUCAAAAAAAAAGGCGAAAAUUCAAUUCAAAAUCGAUCAUUUGCUCCAUAAGCUAAUAAACUUAUUAUAGAGAACAAAACAAAAAAUUUGGUUUCAAUAAAACAAAAAAAUUUCAAUUUAAUUAGCCGCCUUUGUAAAGUGUGUACAAAGAUCUAAUUUACUAAAAAUGACGAGGAAAAUUUUGAUAUUUUUUCAAAUCCUGCAAAGAAUUGCUAUUCAAAAAGAAAAAGCGUCGUAUCUUUUCUUUAUACGUAAAAAAAAUAAAUACUUUCAUUAUUUGCUAUUUUUAGUAUUUACUGAAGGUAUAUUUAAAAUUAGAUUUAAUUAGUUUUUACUUGUUUAAUUUUUUUUUAUAUAGUUCUGUAGUUUGAGAAUUUUCAUUCAAAUCGUGAAUAAAUUAUUCACUUAUAGUAAAAA